AGUCUCAUCAUCGCUGUCUGUAUCACAGCUCUCUACUCUCUCAUCUGUGUGGGGGGACUGCUUGGAAACGUGCUUGUAAUGUACGGGGUGGUCAGGUACACCAAGAUGAAGACCGCCACCAACAUCUACAUCUUCAACCUGGCUCUCGCUGACGCUCUCGCCACCAGCACCCUCCCCUUCCAGAGCGCCAAGUACCUGAUGAGGACAUGGCCCUUUGGGGAGGUGUUGUGUAAAGUGGUCAUCGCCAUCGACUACUACAACAUGUUCACCAGCAUCUUCACGCUCACCAUGAUGAGCGUGGACCGCUACAUCGCCGUUUGUCAUCCGGUGAGGGCUCUGGACUUCCGCACGCCUGCCAAAGCCAAGCUCAUCAACGUCUGCAUCUGGAUCCUCUCCUCAGCCAUCGGAGUCCCUGUGAUGAUCAUGGCUGUUACCGUGGUGAAAGAGGAAGGAAACACUGCCUGCGAACUCAGUUUCCCCAAACCUGAGUCGUACUGGGACACAGUGAUGAAAAUCUGCGUGUUCAUCUUCGCCUUCGUGGUCCCCGUCCUGGUCAUCACCGUCUGCUACGGUCUGAUGAUCCUGCGGCUCAAGAGUGUCCGUCUGCUCUCCGGCUCCAAAGAGAAAGAUAGGAACCUGCGACGGAUCACCCGCAUGGUCCUGGUGAUCGUGGGGGCCUUCAUCAUCUGCUGGACUCCCAUCCACAUCUUCAUCAUUCUCAUGACCAUGGUGCAUAUCGACCGCAAGAACCUCCUGGUGAUGGCCUGCUGGCAUCUGUGCAUCGCGCUGGGCUACACCAACAGCAGUCUCAACCCUGUGCUGUACGCCUUCUUGGAUGAGAACUUCAAAAGGUGCUUCAGGGAUUUCUGCCUGCCCUAUCGCUCCCGCCUGGAGCAGAACAGCUUCUCCAGAGCACGCAAUAGCAAAAAGGAGCCCGUGUCUGUUUGCGCUCCUGUGACCUCACAGAGACCAACGGCCUGACUAGGCAUGGAUCAGUUGGGGGGAAGAACAGA